AGCAUACGGUUAUAGUGCCUUCGGGACUUUUCCCCUCUUUUUCCUUCUUCAUUCAACGUAGAAUUGGAGGAAGAUGCGUAGUGCUAAUUCAGCCAACAUUUACUUUGUUGUACUUUGCGGUAUUUUGUUAGUUUUUAUUCUUGCUGCUUUGCCAUCCUGUAAAAUCAGUGAAAACGCGAGAUGAUUUUCUCAUUAUUAAACAUCAAUGCCGUAGUUAUCAAGCAGAUUUUUACUUUAAUGAUCGCCUAUCAAACGGAAUACUACAAGCGACUUCGGGAAAUCCAGCCACGGCUCAUAAAGUCAGAAAGAAUUAUGGUAACUUAAUUAUUUUAUUACUUGCCGGCCGCUUUAUUCAGUAAACGGUACUGCAAAGUCGCUCCGCCUCUAUGUUUCUGACAUCUGACCAUCUCCUCAAACAUUGAAACAUUCUUAUUUUCUUUACAAGAAGAUAUCUUUUAACUGAAUACUGUAUCGUAUACGGAUUUUCCACCAAAACUUUAGCCAAAGUUUCAGAUGGACCACACGUUUUUGAAACGAAUCUUCGCACUGAUGACAGUUAUUGUGCUGAUCUUUACAAGCGCUAUCUUAUACAACGAAACAAUUACGACCACGAGUGAGAUAAGAAGAGUGAAAUAUACAGAAAGAGAGAUACAGUACUGCAAGCAACUCCGUCACAAGUUUUCUAACAUCACUUCAACCAGGAUUAAUAUCAAGAACAUCACUGAGGAUCUUUUAACAUUGAUGAGGUGUCCACCAACGUCCAAUAUCACCCAGAAAGAACUUAACAGAGUAAGACUGCGUUCCUGUUGUAACGCAACAGGUGUUUUAUACUACACAAAGCAGAACACAGCUGUCAAUCAAAGUAUUCCAUUUGAGACAAGCUCAAAACGGACAUAUCAAAUAAAUGAGGAACUUCACAACAUGCUUCCUGAGGAUUUUCCCUGGAGUAAACAGCCUAUUAGUCACUGUGCUGUGGUUGGGAGUGGAGGGAUUCUGAAGAACAGUAGCUGUGGAAGAGAGAUCGACACUGCAGACUAUGUUAUCAGGUUUAACAUGGCUCCCAUUAAUGACAGUGAUGUUGGGCUUAAGACUGAUUUACUCACCAUUAAUCCUAGUCAGCUCACACGCUACAAAAAUUUGAAGUCUAAUCCAGGUCCAUUAGUGGAGCGUGUGAGUGUGUAUGGUAACUCGUCAAUCAUCGUUCCAGCCUUUGCAUAUGCAGCCUACACUCGAGUAUGCGUCAAUACGCUCAAAGUGCUUCAGUCAAUCCGACCUCAAGAACAGAUAGUUUUCUUUUCCUCCAGUUACCUGAAGAACCUGAGUGGUUUCUGGAAGAGGCAGGGCCUGAAAGCUUUUCGCCUCUCCACCGGGUUCAUGUUAAUUAAUGUGGCACUAGAGGUGUGUGAUCACGUGCACGUUUAUGGAUUCUGGCCAUUUGACACCAAUCUGGAGCAGCAGGAAAUUCCACAUCACUAUUUUGACAAUGUAGGACCCAAACGUGGCGUUCAUGCAAUGCCAAAAGAGUUUCUCAACUUGCUGAAGCUUCACAGCCAGGGGGUGCUAACACUGCACCUACAGCCCUGCUUGUAACAGAGGUUCUUCUGUUGAAUUUGAAUGUACUCUAUUAUUUAAUGGUUGGUUGGUGAGGAGGGAUGCUGUGAAUGUUUGUUACUUUUGAUCUGCUCUUUGGUCUAUAAAAUUAUUUAAAUAUUUUCUAUUUUAAAUUGUGAACUUGGACAAUUAACUCCUAUAUAUUUAAAUAAAUACAUUUGGGUUUAUCUUCUGCUGCGGAGUUUAUACUUCACCCUGGGUUAAUAAUGAUUCCUGAAUGUGUUUAGAGUUUAUUGUUACAUAUUGUAUUUAAAAACAUACUUUUUUGCUUAUUUAUGAGAUUGCAAACACUGGGUGAUUUAUGUUUGCAGAACUAUUACAUUUUCUAUUUAAAAGGUUACUUUGAUUUGUGCGAAUGUUUCUGCAAGUUUUUCGCUAAUUUUCCUCAAACGGUAAAUACAAAUCCUAUUCUGUAAAUAAAAAUCAAAAGUUAACUUCUAAAAAACUGCAAUUAGGUUUGUUGAAGUUUGCUAGCACCAUAGAUAUGUAUUUUAAAGGCUAGAUAUCUUACGGCGGAGUCUCUAACAUCAUUACCUAGCAACCAUUUUACCACAGGGAGCUCGUUCACUCGUAGCAUUGUGUUUUAAUGGUGCAUGUACUUUUAAAUGAACUAAACUUGCUCAAUUUUCUACCAAUUUUCAAAAGGAUUGGUUUCAUACAAAUUUUAUUAACGUGGCUAUAAUUCUGGAUGCUUUAACAUGUUUCAUGAACAUUAUUCAUAAGUAUGCAGUGUCAUAGGUACAUCUUUGACGUUUAUAACAAACCAAACUGUUGGAAAUCGGUAGAAAAUUGAGCAUGUUAUGGUAAUUUAAAAAUACAUGCUCCAUUAAAACACAAUGCUACAAGUGAGCAAGCCGUAUGAGGUAAGAUGGCUGCCAAAUGCAGACGUUCAACUGAAUUGGCCAGCAGUGCGGGGGAGACAUCUAGCCUUUAUUAUACAUAUCUACGGCUAGCACAAUCAACCCCUGUACUUCCCUAUAUGCAAAGAAUGCAAGGUGCGUAGGAUCCCCAAACCAACAGCUUGCUUUUAAAGAUGGUUUAAUGUCUGUGUGAACUGGAAGAGGCUGUGACCGACUUCAGUAUUGUAAUGUGUAAUAAAA